AUGGCUACUUCUAAAUCAAUUAGCAAUAAAGUAUCUGUAUCAUCUUCACCUAUAAAUGGCUUUAAACCAAAAUUAUUAUCGCUAAAUAAUAUUUCUCAAAUAAAGCAUAUAAAUCGUAUUCGUAAAUGUGCGAAAAACAAUAUUCAGAACCAUCAAGAUAACAAUGUUAGGAAUCGCUGUAACCAAAGUUGUUUAAAAGUAUAUGAUCACUAUCAUCUAAGUAAUUCGCCUGUAAAUUUGGAAAAAGAAAACGUCACUAACAGAAAAAAUGCAAACAGCGAAUGUAAACAUAAAUUUCUCGAAUGUGAUCAUGAAAUAAAAAAUUAUCCAUUGAAAUCGUUAAAAACACAACGAAGCAGUUGUGGUAGUGAUUGUAAUCAAAAUUCAUCAAUGAAUCAACAAAGCAUCAAUAGCCAAGUCUUAUAUGAUAUUCCUCAAAUGAAGCACAUUAGUCGAAUUCGAUCUCUGUCGAAUAUACCAGUAUCUUUUACUCUUUGUCGACGUAGAGCGUCAGAAACGGAGUACACAGAACUCGACGGCAUUAAUUUGGAAAGUGAAAAAUGUCCCCGAAUGCUACAGAGUGAAGAGAAUUCUGAGAAACUAAGUACUCGUGAACAGAAAGUUCGUGAAAAAACUUCAAAACUUCUAGAAACUGAACACUCAAACUCAGAAUACGAUCUUGUUUGCCAAAGCCUAAUCCAUUCUAGUAUAAAUAGUCAAAGCAGUGCAAAUAGUAGUAAAAACAAUGUAAAUAAUUCUCUUUGCAAAGCAAAUAGUAAUCCAAGCAGUGUUGGCAAUAUCCACCAUUUACAGAGAAAUGAAAGAAAUCAAAUUAAAAGCAUUGGCAAAUCUGAAUUCAAAGAAACAAAUUCAGAAGGCACGAAGAAAGCUAAUAGCACUAAACAAAAGCAUAAUGGCAACCUAGUUUCAAAUAAUCCCAAUGGUUACAGUUACAGAGAAAAUACUGCUUCGAAACAGAGGAAGGGUACGAAAGCAAGACAAGAUAACCCUCUAGAUGACAAAGAGGAAUGUAUUAUGACAUUUUCAAAGAAAAUUCGAGAUAAAAAUUCUGAAGAGUAUGAACAAAACAUGUUGUUCCCUUCUGAAAGUUUCAGAAUAUCUGUUAACGUUGUCAACAGCAAUUUAAAGACUGAAGGCAAAAUGAAUUUGAACAAAGAAGAUGAUUUUCUCUACCUGAGUAGCGGAGAUGACUGUGAAUCGAAAAUGCUGAGAUCUUCUACAUCGACUCCUCAACUUUCCAAACAUGUUGUCAAAAAAAGAAAGACUUGGUUAUAA